GGCCGCCACCGCUACUCGAGGCCGGGGAUUGGCAGCGCGCGUAGGCCGCGUCGCCGCGGAUGGAGCCGGAAUAAAGGGGCGGCCGAGAGAGCAGCCGGUCGCCACUCGCCCCGCGCCUGACCCCGCGGCCUGGAGCAGAACCCAUCAUCGGGGAAGGCAGAGCCUUCCUGGCAUUGCGGGCAUCCUGCCUGGAAGACCCCUGUCCUGUAGGCAGAGUCUUGGUUAAUGACUUGGGCCGUCUGACCAGUCCCUCUUCUGUGCCUUGUCUGAGGUCCUUGUCCAUCCCUGAGCCCAGGCAACUUCUCUCUGGGUUGGUCCACUUUAAACGGGGAAACUGAAGCCAUUACUCUCCAAACCCUGUUUCAUCUUCCCAAGCAUGUCAGAAAGCUGGCAGCAGCCACCACAGACGCAGCCGCAGCAGCCACAGCCACCACAACCUCAGCACCACGCGGAGCCACCACCGGCCCUCGCGGAGCAUGCGCUGCCCCCAGGCACAGCGGAGAACCCCCUGGGCUGUGCUGUGUAUGGCAUCCUCCUGCAGCCGGAUGGGGGCCUGCAGCCCCCACAGCACACGUCCCUGCAGGCAGCAGGCGAGCCAGGCCCCAAGUGUGGUGUAUGCGGUCACGACCUGGCACACCUGUCCAGCCCGCAUGAGCACCAGUGCUUGGCGGGCCAUGACCGCUCCUUCCAAUGCACGCAGUGUCUCAAGAUUUUCCACCAAGCUACGGACCUGCUGGAGCAUCAGUGUGUGCAGGCCGAGCAGAAGCCCUUUGUCUGUGGCGUCUGCAAGAUGGGCUUCUCGCUGCUCACCUCGCUGGCACAGCACCACAGCGCACACACUGGCGCCGGUGGCCUCGUGAAAUGUUCCAUCUGUGAGAAGACCUACAAGCCCGCCGAGGUGGCGGAACCCGCGGCCACCGCGGCCCCCUCGCUGCCCCCAGCGCCCCAGCCGCCUCCUGUCGCGCCUGCUGAACAGGCCGACAAGCCCUACAGCUGCCCCAUCUGCCAGAAGCCCUUCAAGCACCUGUCGGAGCUCUCGCGGCAUGAGCGGAUCCACACGGGUGAGAAGCCGUACAAGUGCACGCUGUGUGACAAGAGCUUCAGCCAGUCGUCGCACCUGGUGCACCACAAGCGCACGCACAGCUCAGAGCGCCCCUACAAGUGCGCGGUCUGCGAGAAGACCUUCAAGCACCGCUCCCACCUGGUGCGCCACAUGUACGCGCACUCAGGCGAGCACCACCUGUUCCGCUGCAACGUGUGCGAGCUGCACUUCAAGGAGUCGUCGGAGCUGCUGCAGCACCCGUGCACGCCGAGCGGGGAGCGGCCCUUCCGCUGCGGGGAAUGCCAGAAGGCCUUCAAGCGGCCGUCGGACCUGCGGCAGCACGAGCGCACGCACAGCGCCGAGCGGCCCUUCAAGUGCGACCUGUGCCCCAUGGGCUUCAAGCAGCAGUACGCACUCAUGCGGCACCGGCGCACGCACAAGACCGAGGAGCCCUUCAAGUGCGGCCUGUGCGAGAAGGGCUUCGGGCAGCCCAGCCACCUGCUUUACCACCAGCACGUGCACACUCUGGAGACCCUCUUCAAGUGCCCCGUGUGCCAGAAGGGCUUCGACCAGUCAGCUGAGCUACUGCGGCACAAGUGCCUGCCAGGCGCAACCGAGCGACCCUUCAAGUGCCCGGUGUGCAACAAGGCCUACAAGCGGGCGUCGGCCCUGCAGAAGCACCAGCUGGCCCACUGCUCGGCAGCCGAGAAGCCCCUGCGCUGCACCCUCUGUGAGCGCCGCUUCUUCUCGUCCUCGGAGUUCGUACAGCACCGCUGCGACCCAGCCCGGGAGAAGCCGCUCAAGUGCCCUGACUGCGAGAAGCGCUUCAAGUAUGCAUCAGACCUGCAGCGGCACCGGCGCGUGCACACCGGCGAGAAGCCCUACAAGUGCCCCAAUUGCGACAAGGCCUUCAAGCAGCGUGAGCAUCUCAACAAGCACCAGGGUGUGCACGCCCGCGAGCAGCAGUUCAAGUGUGUGUGGUGUGGCGAGCGCUUCCUGGACGUGGCGCUGCUGCAGGAGCACAGCGCGCAGCACAGUGCCGCUGCCGCCGCUGCCGAGGGUGCCUACCAGGUAGCUGCCUGCCUGCCCUGAGUUCCCGGCCGGCCCACACCAGGCCCGGCUCAGCCCAGCCUCCUCUUCGGAAGUCCUCACCCAGCUCCAUGUUCUGAGACCUUGUGCAUGAGAACAGAAGGGCACUGGGCAAGUGGAGGGGCCUGGUACUCCUGAUUCCCCCUUCCCCCUGGAGGUGGGGGUUCCAGAUUGCUGUGGCUGGUCUUAAUUCCACAAACCACUUUCCCCUUACAGGAUUUGCUUUUUGAGAGCCAUCAGCCUUCCUUGUGUCUGGGGGCCUGGAACCAGACUGGAAGUCAGGUGGCCUCUCUCCACCCCGAGGAGGGGUUGGUGCCAGCCCAGCCCAACCUUCCCAAACCUUUCAGCCUAUUUAGAAACCAGAUGGAUUAGGAAACAGGAUGGUUGUGGUAGGGCCUGGUAGAAGGCCUGGACCAGGAGGUGGGCUGGGUGUAGGGCAUUCCCUUUCAACUUGCUGUUUGAGGGAGAAGGCCAGCUUCGUAAGGUAGUCUUGGAGACAGGAGGGCAGACCCUGAGCCACAGGCCUCCAUCCAGGGGGAAUGCCUCCUCCAGGUUUCUGACAGGUGAGGUGAAUGGGAGGGCUGCACAUCUGUGGGCUGGUCUGCCUGGAGAGCUAUCUGCCUAGCCAGAAGGGAAGAGACAGUUCUCCUGUGACACACUCAGCCAGGACAGUGCCCAGUCUGGACAGUGCUUUCCAUAGGGAAAGAAGGCAAGGCAGCCUUUGUACCGAGAUCUAAUCCUGGUGUUUUGGAAGCACCUCUCCCACCUUUGCAGCAUGGUUCCAAGCUCUGGUGGAAAUGUGCUCUCAGCCAGACAACGGCUGAUGUGAAAGAAGGGAAUUGUCAGACCACCUAGUGCCCCCAGAGGAAACAGUCCCCAAGCCCAUGAUCUUCCCAGUGGAUGCGACAAGUGUCCUCCCCCUUGAAUUAUGUGAACCAAAGCGUCAAAGGCAAGGCCCCAAUCAGCAUCCAGCCCUGUUUCAGGGCCAAGACCAGGCCUGCGUAUUCAGGGUGGGGCAGGUGAAAGGACUGUACAGAGCCCCCCACCCAUGGGAACCCAUCCCCGUCAGGCUGGCUGCUGACCUGGACCCCAAGGAUCUUGCAUUGCCAAGAUGCCCUGAACAAUAUCCAGCUUCUUCCAAGGCCAGAGAAGUCUCCCCUGCGUCCUCCUAGGGUCCCCCAGGUCUCUGGCUGACCACAGGGGUCAUAUUGCUGAGGGAGUCCAGGGCACAGGAAGCAGGCAGCGGAAGAGGCUUGUUAAGGAAAUCAGUAGGUGGAUGGAGUCAACUGGUGUCACUGGGUGGCAUCCCCCUUCAAGUUGCUGUUUGAGGGAGAAGGCCAGCUUCAUAAGGUAGUCUUGGAAACAGGAGAGCAGACCUCCUUGGGAAGCCCAGAGAACUUUCGGUGUCAAAAUGAUGAUUUUGAACCCAGCUUUGCUCCUGCCCUCCUCCAGCCCCCUUCCCUGCUGGUGGGUCUUAAAAGAAGACUAGCCAGUGCAGCAGAGGCCCAGAGGAGCAGAGAGCCCUGUCUUGUCCCAUCUCACCUUAAGAAGUCUGAAAAGUACACGUCCGCCGCCUCCCUCUGACCGGGUUCCCGUCCUGUGCCUGCAGAGGGGCUGGUCCUUCCCCUCGGUGCUGGCUCUCAGUCACAAUGCCUCAGAAGACACGGACCCCAGGCUGACAACAGUCCCAACUGCUAAUGUUUUCCUUUCGUUUUGCUUUUUAAAAGCAGUUGUUAUACUGUUCCUAACAUUGUAUAGUUAAUUUCACGUCAUUUUGGCUCUUCUAUGAAAAUGUGAGAAUUUGGAUUUUUAAAAAGAAUGCCUCCCAUUUUAGAUAGCCCCCUUUAAUGUUAAUAUAUAGUGAGUCCAAUGUAUGCUUUAGAAGUAAAGACAUUGACCAUCACAGACCAAAACACCACAUGUUCUGGUCAUUCUUCCACAGGGGGAGAUGGGACGUGGGGAGGUAGAAGGAGGUGUGCAGGCUUGGGACUGGGACAUAAGGCGGGGUUCAAAUCCUGAGUUUUGAACGUUUUAGUUGUGUGACUUUGGGCAACCACUGGGAACUCCCUCUUUGGGACUCAGUUGCCUGUUUGUGAAAUGGGGAGGUCAGCCCUUGCCUUGCUUGGCUGUUGCAAGAAUUAAAUGGAAUCAUGUAUGGAGGCCGUGGUGGGGACGAUGCUCAUGGCACCAACUGCGGGACACCUGGGACCUUCGGAAAUGGCCCUGCAGCCGCUUGAGCUCUUUGGGGUUUAACCGCAGCCCUGGCAAAGAAGCUGGGCCGGGAGGGACCAGAAGCUCAUGGAGGGACGGAAGCUGGGGACAGCCUGGUAAGCAUGAGAGCUUGCUCAGCCCCGUGGAAAACCAGGGCCCGGCCAGACAGACCCUGGCGCUGAGGAUCAUCGCCUGCUCUUGCCCCACUCCCAUCUCUGUCACACAGCGAUCCAUCCGGCUGUAUGCCCAACCCCGCCGCCUCUCACCUCAGCCCUUCUACACCCCCUUUCCUGUCUCCCAGUGGACCAGCUGCGAUGUGGGCUCCUUCCAUUUCUUAAAGGGAGGGUGGAGGUGGGAGGAGAGGGAGAAACAACCUCCACAGACCUGGGCAUCGGAGAGCAAGUGGAAGGUGGUCAGCAGGAACACAGGAACCCAGGCCACUGAGGCUUAGUGGAAAGGCUGCGGGGACCCCAGAUGUGACUCAGACCCCACACUCAUUCCCUCUGUGUGUUUGGCCAUAGGAGGUUUGGCCUUGAGAAGCCAUGUUGUUCCUUCCUGCAGGUGGCCGCCGCUCGGCAAGAGGACACCCAGAGCCCAUUGUAUCUGUGCCAGGCUCGAAUCCCAGCUUCCCUUCUGACUGAGUGGUCUUAGGCAAAACCUACCCACCUCACCGCGAUGCCUGGAAAGCACUAGCAUGUUUGGUGCUUUAUACCUUCAGGUUGCCCUUCCUGCAUGGAUGACGGUCUGCGUGUGCCAGAGGCUGCUGGAGCCCUGGCUGAGCAUGGCUGAGCUCACAUGGAGCUUGCAAUGACUUUUUUUCCUUUGUCCCCACCCCUACCUCCCCUCACAAAGCAGUGGGGCUCCUACAGCCCCCACUAGCCCUCAGCCUCUGUGCUCCAGCCUGAGCCCAAACCAGGACAGUGGAUGGAGCCCUGGCCUGGGAGCCUAUAUGCUCAGGUUCAAGUACUAGCCCUUUGUUGA